AGGCUAGCUGCAACUGUACCGUCACUAGCCUGCGCCAUUGGUGUUUUACAGGAAUGGCUGUCAACAAAGAGUAUUUACCAGUGGCCGAUUUCUACGCGGGCAGGUCUGUGUUCCUGACGGGAGUCAGUGGAUUUCUCGGGAAGGUAAUAUUGGAGAAGUUAUUGUACAGCUGUAAACACAUAGACAAUGUAUACGUAAUGAUACGGGAAAAGAAAGGUGUAAGCGCCGAAGAAAGAUUCCGAGAUAUUAUUAAUCUACCCGUAUUCACAAGAUUAAAAGAAGAAAGACCGGAAGACCUAAAUAAAAUUAUACCCGUAACUGGCGAUCUAUUGGCACCUAAUUUGGGGAUUGAGAAAUCUGUACAAGAAUCAUUCGUGAACAAGGUAUCAGUUGUGUUACAUUCAGCAGCGACAAUCAAAUACAAUCAGCAAUUAGACGAAGCUUUGAACAACAACUUGGAAGGGACAAGGCGAGUACUGGAACUCUGUCAAAGAAUGCCUCGAAUAAGAUCCUUCGUCCACGUUUCGACGGCGUAUUCAAAUAUGGAUAGAGAAGUGAUCGACGAGGUCGUUUACCCCGCGCCAGCAGCUCUCAGAGAUGUCUACACGUCCAUCAAACGGCACGGAGUUACUGACGAGAAAGUUAUCAAGAAAAUACUCAAUGACGCUUACCCAAUGCUAUUAUUCUCGCAAAAUAAAUGGAUUGUAAUAUUGGAGAAGUUAUUGUACAGCUGUAAACACAUAGACAAUGUAUACGUAAUGAUACGGGAAAAGAAAGGUGUAAGCGCCGAAGAAAGAUUCCGAGAUAUUAUUAAUCUACCCGUAUUCACAAGAUUAAAAGAAGAAAGACCGGAAGACCUAAAUAAAAUUAUACCCGUAACUGGCGAUCUAUUGGCACCUAAUUUGGGGAUUGAGAAAUCUGUAGAAGAAUCAUUCGUGAACAAGGUAUCAGUUGUGUUACAUUCAGCAGCGACAAUCAAAUACAAUCAGCAAUUAGACGAAGCUUUGAACAACAACUUGGAAGGGACAAGGCGAGUACUGGAACUCUGUCAAAGAAUGCCUCGAAUAAGAUCCUUCGUCCACGUUUCGACGGCGUAUUCAAAUAUGGAUAGAGAAGUGAUCGACGAGGUCGUUUACCCCGCGCCAGCAGCUCUCAGAGAUGUCUACACGUCCAUCAAACGGCACGGAGUUACUGACGAGAAAGUUAUCAAGAAAAUACUCAAUGGGAAACCCAACACGUAUGUGUUUUCUAAAGCCCUAGCCGAGAAUAUGCUAGUGGACCAACAUGGUGACAUACCAACCACCAUAGUCAGACCUUCCACAGUGGCCGCAGCGAUGAGGGACCCGCUGCCUGGCUGGGUGGACAACUGGUUCGCAGCCACUGGCAUCUUCCACGUCACCGGGAGUGGCAACAACAGAGUUAUCUUCGGACGCAAGUCUAACGUCUUGGACAUCAUUCCAGUUGAUUAUGUUUCCAAUCUCAUUAUUGUGGCCGCUGCUAGGAAGACACAGUCUAAAGAUAUCCCCGUAUUUAAUUGCUGUAGCAGUUCUUGUAAUCCAAUUAAUUUUGGUCAACUAUUUACGUAUGUAAAGGGCUACUACGUCACCAAUAAAUACUAUGACGCUUACCCAAUGCUAUUAUUCUCGCAAAAUAAAUGGAUUGUGAGCUUUUUUACUUUCUUAUUACAAAUGUUGCCCGCUAAGAUGGCUGACGUGUAUUUAAGAACGAAGGGACAGAAACCAAGGUAUGCAAAAUUGCAAUCAAAAGUCAUCCAGAUCCGGGAUCUUCAUAAACGUUUUUCAAAUGGUUCAUGGGUUAUCAAAAGCGACGGUACGAGGUCUCUGUACUCCUCUUUGAGUCCUGCGGACAAACAGAAUUUCCCAUUCGAUCCGACGCUCAUCGACUGGCAUAAAUUCUCCACAACAUAUUGUCAUGGUAUUCGAAGAUUUUUGUUGAGAAAAUAAAAAAUAAUGGCAUUUAA